AUGCAUGUCAUUGUUCCCCUGUCAUCACUUCGAGAGAAUCAAAAUAAUACUUCAAACCCUGGAAUUGGCGACCCAGAAGAUGCAGACUGUAUUAGAAUUUUCUCCACACUGAUGACCAUUCAGUGUUCGAGAGAGCCGGGGGCAGUUUGGCUUGCAGCUGCUCCUGGUCUCAUCAUCACCCUCCUUGUUGCCGGUGCUCCGUUUGAAUCUCAAAUCGGCGGCCUGGACAUAUCCCUUCUCAUCAUAAAAUUUGUUCUGCAAUCAUCUCAGCCACAAGGCAAGGCUCUUACUGAUAGUCGAUGGGCCAAAGACGGCUCCAUUAUUACCUCAUGGAUGACUUCAAACUGCAGAUCUAUCGGCCUGUCCAUGUUAUCGACGGUUGAGAAUUGCCAACCACAAUUAUAUAUUUAA